UGAGAGAAUGGUCAAAAUAAUUCAAGGAACUGAUGUGAAAGGGAAAGAUUCAGAGCUGAAUGAUUAGACGAAGCUGUCGCUGCAUCCAGAUCUUCCAUUAUAUAGUUGAAUUAGCUGUAACUCUGUUGGAAUAGAGGUGCUCCUCAGGUUUUACUUAUACUGAGUUUUUUCUAAAAAGGACUUCUGCUGAAUAGAUGUUAAACUAGAGGGGAUCGCUGGAAACUCAAACUUGUUCGCUGGAGAAGACGUGGUUUCAGAAGCAUAGAAAUGGGAGGAUGAAACCAGGACGCUCCCUAAAAAUCCGAUUAAGAACUAGCCGACAAUGACGACAAGUGUGCCUACUGUUUUGUUUGAAACAGAGAAGGGGGCAGACGUCCAGCUUUCCUCCUCACACAACUCUUCAGUUGCUGGCUCCUGCAAUAUUGACGAGUCCUACAAGUACAUCUUCCUGCCCAUUUGCUACUCCUUUACUUUUGUCUUUAGCAUAACCCUUAACUUUGUGGUUCUCUACCGUUCCUUUCGACACACCAGGCACUGGAACGCAUCCCUGAUUUACAUGGUGAACCUGGCCACGACAGACUUCAUGUAUGGUUUAUCCCUGCCCUUUCUGGUGGCCAGUUAUGUCAUGCGGGACGACUGGGUGUUUGGAGACUUCAUGUGCCGUCUAGUGCGUUUCCUCUUCUACUUCAACCUCUACUGCAGCAUCUUCUUCCUCACUUGCAUCUCAGUGCACCGCUACCUGGGCAUCUGCCACCCAAUGAAGACCAUUACUUUGGAGACCAAGCGAGCAGUAAAAGGGACUUGUGUUUUGGUGUGGAUUGCCGUUUUUGCACUGACGUGCCCAAUUUUUCGUUUUGCAAAGACACAGAAUCUUCCACGUGAAGGUAAGGGCUCGAGGGAGGAGAUGUUCAUUAAUUGCUGGGAUGAUGCAAUUGAUAAAGAGUUCCAUGAUUACAUUCCUUACGGUGUCACGCUUCAUUUCUUGGGCUUUUUUGUGCCGUUCAGCAUCAUUGCCUGGUGCUAUUCACGUGUAGUGUUAACAAUAUUUAGGACGCUGCACUCUCAACCUCCUCCUCAAAGAGUCAGAAGUGGGACGGGCUGUGAAAGCGUUGCAGGAAUUGGGGGAGAGGGCAUGUCAAUCAUCUUGGGGGCUCAAUCGCCUUACGUUAACAGAAGGCGCAAGUCCAUCAAGACCAUCAUUACCAUCACUCUCCUCUUUGCCCUUUGCUUCUUCCCCUUCCAUGUCACUCGCACUAUUUUCCUACUGCUGAAAGUGACGAGUAAGGUGCAGUGUCACACCAUGCGCAUGGUUUCCAUCUGUUAUAAAAUCACUCGGCCGCUGGCCUCGUUCAACGCCUGGCUGAAUGCACUGCUUUACUUUCUUACUAAAGAGAAAAAUGUGCCCUGUUGUCAAAAACCCGAGCAUGCUCAGCAUGGCCUGCUAUGGCCACUUAGAAUGCUGGGAAAAGGAGAGGAAGAGGAGAAUGAAGUCGAAGAGAUGAGGAACCACAAGGACAAUGGGCCAACAAAUGAAAACAAUACACACAGAGGCCUGCCUUAAGGAACGAGCAUGUAAACCUGACGAUGUAGGACAUCGACAAGUAAACCUGGUGGACCUGCUUUCAUAUGGGAUUCGUUUUUAAACAAACUGAUUUUUUAUAUUCCCUGUAUUUGUAUAACUCUGUGUGUUCACAUUAAACAUGGAGGAUCUUGUUGUUUUGUCUUUUCAGAAAAAAAAGAUUGUUAAAGAUUGUUUUACUUUUUGAUUGCUUGAACGGUUAAUUAGUUAUAUCAAGUUGAAUAUUGAUUACUGAUGUAUAUUAACUGCAAAAAACACACACACAUAUAUAGAAUAAUAAACUAAUUUAUAAGGUGUCUUAUGUUUGCAGUUGUCGGCAUACCUCAGGGUGGACACAUUUUGUGCAGGAACUAUGUUUAGCGCUGUCAUGGAUUAAUAUAUCAUGUUGUAAAUAAUUAAACUGUUCUAAUAAAC